CACUGUGCACUGGCCGGGUAUGGCCUAUGUUGCCAUUAAGCUCUCUUGUCUUUUCUUUUAUUAAAUUGUUGAAGCUAUCGAUAAUGGAUAGUCUGACGUAGGUUGUGAAGGAGGUGACGCACAUGGGGCGGAUUUUCGAUGUCGUCUACAAUUCGAUCAGCCUGGCACGGAGAGUCUGAUGUUGUCUUAGGUGUGACUGCUAGGCGGCAGGUGUGAGCUAACACGCAUCUUAAGACCGGCGAACUCUACCAGCUUAUCUCUUUUUAAUUAUAGCCAGCGACCUGAUUUCAGCACCGCGGGUACUUAACAGCUCCACAGCAGCGCUCUCGGAAACCCCACCUUUGUGAUAGGCACCGGACAGCGCAGUCAUAAGAAGCAGAGUCACCGUGAGCAAGCGAAGCUGUCCAAACCUGUCAGCACUUUCUUGUCGUAGUCGUUCACAGAUAGAUAGUUUACAGACAGUAGGCUAACAACGAGGUGAACAUAGCAGGAUCUUUACUCCUGGCCACAGCUAAAUUAAUUUAAAGGACAUACAUUCAAGGAUGGCGUCAAAGAGCUUGUGGAUUCUGGUCUUAAUUCAGUUUUUUGCUCUAACGGUACACCAGCUCUCUGCCUUCCCAACACCUGCCAGUGCUGACGAUAAAACUGUCCACAACAGACAGUUGACUGAUGAGAGACCUGUUCAAGAACAGAUUGCUGAAGCUGACAGUAUUAAAAAGUCAGACACAACCGCUCCAGAAACAAAGCUAGCUGAGGAGUUGAGCGACACGGCGAGCAACUCUGAUGACUUCGCUCUCUUGAAGUCGCUGGCAGAGAAAUCCAAACAGGCUGAAAAUGAGACCCCAAAGUCAGGGAAAGGAGACCAGUUUGUCCCCGAUGAGGCUGACUCCACCAAGAACAGAAGGCUGUCAGAUGACUAUGAUUCCACCAAAAUUGGUAGGGACUACAAGUACCAAGAUGACCCCGAGAGUUUCCGCCAGCUUGAUGGGACUCCUCUGACAGCAGAGGACAUUGUCCAGAAGAUUGCCAACAAAAUCUACGAGGAGGACGACAGAGGGGUGUUUGACAGGAUUGUUUCAAAACUCUUGAAACUUGGACUGAUCACAGAUAGCCAAGCAGAUACACUCGAGUAUGAAGUGGCCGAAGCCCUCCAGGACCUUAUCACUAAAAACGCAAAGGACAAUGAGAUUGAAGAGCCAGACCUGAGUAUGGACUAUCCCAUCUCCAGGGGAGAUGACGUGGAUGGGACACCUGAGGACAACAUGGAGGAGACUGACAGGCUGCCCAGCCGGCGCUAUGAGGAGGACGAGGAGCCAGAGAAUGUGGACCAGGAGACGGAUGAGGCAGCGGACACUGCUUGGGAUGCUGCCAGCGAGGGCAAUGACAGGAAUGAGCUGAGCCCUGUGGACAGUCUGCAGGACCUGCAGUACUUCCCCAACUUCUACCGGCUCCUCAAGAGCCUCGACUCAGAGCAAGAUGCCCAGGAGAGGGAGACGCUGAUCACCAUUAUGAAGACCCUGAUUGACUUCGUAAAGAUGAUGGUCAAAUAUGGUACCAUCACCCCAGAGGAAGGAGUCUCUUAUCUGGAGAAUCUGGAUGCCAUGAUUGCCUUGCAGACAAAGAACAAGCUGGGCAAGACUCUGGGGAUCCCUGUUCUGACACCACCUACAGGCAAGCUUACCGACGAGGAUGACAACACUAAGGCAGAGGCAGCUAAGAUGCAGAAGGAGUAUGAGUUGCUGAAGGACUCCACCAAAGAAAUGCAGGCUGCAACAGAGACCAGCCACCCGAGGAAAUCAGAGACUUAUUUGGAAGCAAUCAGGAAGAAUAUCGAGUGGCUAAAGAAGCAUAACAAAGACGCCAACAAAGAGGACUAUGACUUAUCCAAGCUGAGGGACUUCAUGGACCAGCAGGUGGAUACCUACAUUGAUAAGGGCAUUCUGGAGAAGGAGGAGGGAGAGGUGAUCAAGCGGAUCUAUGGCAGCAUGUAGAGAUGACUGAUCCACCACCACUCUCGACUAGGCUGAGCAUUUAUGUGAUUCUUCUGUAUGCUGAAGGGAAAAUUACCAUUUUGAUAAAUGACAAAUAUAUUGAUUCUCAUGCCUCCGAAGUGGUUCACUCAGAGAAUGCAAUAAUGAAGACAUUGCUUAGGGCCUUGUAGUAUUGACAGUAUCCGGUUGAAAUCUAAACACUCUGGGUAGCCGUAGAUGCAUGCCAGGGAAACAAUCACCUGCACCCUCACCUGGCAACACUUGCAUUACCUACAAUCAUAAGUAAAAACAAUAACCAAAACCUAUUUAUUGAUCCCAAUGGACCCUGCAAAAUAGGACACUGCCUUCCUGAAGGAUGAAUCCUCCCAGCUAAUGUGGAAUGAGUGGCAAAUAAGUUUAGAAAAUAGAAAGACUACACUGUAGCUUUUGCAUUUACUUCUAUUUUGCAAUAGACACUAAGCCAUGCAUACAUCUAUAUCAACAUGUAUCCAUUCUGUGUAAUCUGACCUAGCAUAUAACUGUUUCUCUAAUGUAAGCAUAAAAUCUGUCUAUGACUAUUUGUCAACCAAAAAAUGCUCUGUUUUCAGGUCAUCUCAGUGACUUUUUUCUUCUUUAUUCUGUUUUGUUUUACUGUUCUUGGUUAAUGUGGGAACGGAUCUUUCUUUGUGUUUUCUGUCACACUUCUGCACCUGCAACAUGGGAGUUUAACUUCGGCAUGUUUCAGUAUGUUUUACUGUACACUGCUCUAGACACACAAAAUCAAGUAUUUUUAAAUGUAAAUAUUUGUGAUUUUUCCAAACUGUUAAAGCAAAUAAAACAUUGCCUUUCUUUA